UCAAAUUUCGUUUUCUCUCUCUCUUAUCAAUGUCCAUUUGAGAAGUUGAAGAAUUUUUCAUUUCUGUAUAGUCAUGGUUUUCGAGAACUUCAGUGAUAAAAACGUUGUUUUUCCAAAGCUCAAAUCCAAGCCUGAAAAUAAGGCUUCCUCUUUUAAUUUUUAUUUAAUCUUUUUGGAUUCUUUUAUAUUUAAUUUUGUUGAUUACAUAGAAUUUCUUCAGAUCUGUUUUAGAUCCGUUAAUUUUGGUUGAUUUUCUACAGGAUUUUUAAUUUCAAAUUUUGAUUUGUUUUGUUUUGUUAGAUGUGUUUCGAUUGCAAUGUUAAGAAUCCAACUUGGGCAUCGGUGACGUAUGGGAUCUUCUUGUGUAUUGAUUGCUCCGUUGUUCAUCGCAGCCUUGGCGUUCAUAUCAGUUUUGUUAGCCAAGGGAUGUCGUUUUCGGCGAUGGGUGGGCUAGUGGCUUCGAUUGGACUCGCCGAUUUCGACAUUUUCCGAUGGAUUUUCGACAGAGGAAAGGUCUAUCCGGCAUAUUUCACUGUGACAGUGACCGCAACGGCAGUAAUUAAUGAUGUUUUACCGGCGAGCAUUAGCCUGGACCAUUCAUGUAUUCAUAAAAUAGAUAUGUAUAUGUUGUAAUAUAAGUAUAAUAUGUAUCUGUAAAUACAAAG